UCAAGAGAGUUCUGUCGAGAGAAAGAUAAACCGAAAAAUUCAGAUUCAGAUCAAGAAAGACAAGCGAAACUCUCGCAGACAACUAACAAAUGGUGUGAUGCCAUGGAUUGCAUGGAUUGCUGUCGCAGUCAAGAGAGUUCUGUCGAGAGAAAGAUAAACCGAAAAAUUCAGAUUCAGAUCAAGAAAGACAAGCGAAACUCUCGCAGACAACUGAAACUCCUAUUGUUGGGAACGGGAGAGUCGGGGAAGAGUACGUUCAUUAAACAGAUGCGAAUCAUUCACGAGACAGACUUCACUCACGAGGAGAAGAGGGCUUACAUUCGUGUCAUUCAUCGCAACAUCUUAACGGCCAUCCAGUCCAUUGUGAACGCCAUGAAUCUCUUCGAUAUUCACUACACGUCGAGUGUUUGCCAACAAUAUUCUCAACUCAUUCUCGACACAGACUUUGAUUCCGGGUUUCAUUUGGACAACGAUUUUGUGAAAGCCAUCAAAGAGUUGUGGACUGACCCGGGAGUACAGGAGUGCUAUAACCGGCGGAAUGAAUACCAAUUGUCAGAUUCGACCAAAUAUUACUUCUCGGACAUCGAAAGGAUCGCUUCCAGUGAUUAUCUGCCGACACAACAGGAUAUACUGAGAGCGCGGGCGCCCACUAAUGGCAUCAAUGAAUACACAUUCGUUUACGAGUCCAUUAUCUUCCGGAUGGUAGACGUGGGCGGACAGAGGUCUGAGCGCCGCAAAUGGAUCCACUGCUUCGAGAGCGUCACAUCCAUUAUCUUCAUCUGUGCAUUGAGUGAAUUCGAUGAUCAGAUCUUAAAGGAGUCUUCGAGUGACAAUCGUCUCGAGGAAAGCAAAGCUUUGUUUAAGACAAUCGUCACCUGCGAGUGGUUCCACAACUCGUCAGUCAUUUUAUUCUUCAAUAAGUAUGACUUAUUCGAAGAGAAGAUCUGUUCGUCAACUCAUUUGAUUGACUACUUCGACGACUACGACGGCCCCAAACGGGAUGUCAUAUCCGGGCGUCAGUAG